UGCGCGCUUCAAACCCUCUUUCUCUGUUUCUGUUUCUACUAAACAACAAUGGCUGCACCAAACCUCUCUUCUUCCCUCUCCCUCUCCCUCUCCAACCCCAAACUCUUCUCUUCUUCUUCCUUUUCCACUUUCAAACCAUCAACAAUCUCUCACCCUACUUUUUUCCACCACAAAACUCUCUCCUUCUCAACCCUUAAAACCAACCACAAAACACUUUCCUCAUGCAACAACAACAACAACAACAACACAUUCCCAUUCACAAACACCACUUCUGAUCAAAACGAUGAUGACGAAAAGCCUCGCGAAGAAUGCGGCGUUGUUGGUAUAUACGGCGAUCCAGAAGCUUCUCGUCUCUGUUAUCUCGCUCUCCACGCUCUUCAACACCGUGGUCAAGAAGGUGCAGGUAUCGUAACCGUUAACAAUAAUAACGUCCUUCAAACGGUAACCGGCGUUGGUCUUGUUUCCGAAGUUUUUAACGAUACUAAACUCCGUCAAUUACCGGGAACUUUAUCAAUCGGUCAUGUUCGUUACUCAACCGCAGGCCAAUCUAUGCUUAAAAACGUUCAACCUUUUGUUGCCGGUUACCGGUUCGGUUCUGUUGGUGUUGCUCAUAAUGGCAAUUUCGUCAAUUACCGUAAAUUAAGAACAGAACUUGAAGAAAAAGGUUCAAUUUUUAACACUACUUCUGAUACUGAAGUUCUUCUUCAUCUUAUUGCAACUUCAAAGCAUAGACCUUUUAUUUUGAGAAUUGUUGAUGCUUGUGAAAAGGUUCAAGGUGCUUAUUCAAUUGUGUUUGUUACUGAAGAUAAACUUGUUGCUGUUCGAGAUCCUUUCGGUUUUCGACCUUUGGUUAUGGGAAGAAGAAGUAAUGGUGCUAUUGUUUUUGCAUCAGAAACAUGUGCACUUGAUUUAAUUGAAGCUAAAUAUGAAAGAGAAGUUUUUCCUGGUGAAGUUAUUGUUGUGGAUAAGAAUGGUGUUCAAUCACUUUGUCUUAUGUCUCAUCCACAACCAAAACAAUGUAUUUUUGAACAUAUUUACUUUUCACUUCCAAAUUCUGUUGUUUUUGGAAAAUCAGUUUAUGAAUCUAGAAGAUUGUUUGGUGAAAUAUUGGCUACUGAGAGUCCUGUUGAUUGUGAUGUUGUUAUAGCUGUUCCUGAUUCUGGUGUUGUUGCUGCACUUGGUUAUGCUGCAAAAGCCGGUGUCCCUUUUCAACAAGGGUUGAUUAGGUCACACUAUGUUGGUAGAACUUUCAUUGAGCCAUCACAGAAGAUAAGAGAUUUUGGUGUGAAGUUGAAGCUUUCGCCGGUUCGCGCUGUUCUUGAAGGAAAAAGGGUUGUUGUUGUUGAUGAUUCAAUUGUGAGGGGAACAACUUCAUCAAAAAUUGUGAGGUUGAUUAAAGAAGCUGGUGCUAAAGAAGUUCAUAUGAGAAUUGCAUGUCCACCAAUUAUUGGGUCUUGUUAUUAUGGUGUGGAUACACCUAGCUCUGAGGAGUUGAUAUCUAAUAGGAUGAGUGUGGAUGAGAUAAAGGAGUUUAUUGGAUGUGAUUCACUUGCUUUUCUUCCUAUUGAUAAAUUGAAGAAUUUGUUGGGUGAUGAUUCUCCUAAUUUCUGUUAUGCUUGCUUUUCUGGGGUGUAUCCUGUUGAACCUACUGAACUUAAGGCCAAGAAGGUUGGUGUUGAACUUUUGGAAGAUGGAAUAAAUGGGUUGGUUCAAGGAAAGCCAAAUGAGAAAGAGGUGAAGAUUGGUGGAAUCUGACAAUUCCUUUUAUUUGAGAUUUUGCAGUAUAUAAGCUCAGCAUUAUACAAGGUAAAGUGGACACUGGGAAGAUAAAUGUCUAAAAGAUACUAUCAUCUAACUACAAUAUUUUAUUUCAUCUAAUUCAGAAAUUUGGAUUCUGGAGUUCUUGCUAAUGCUUAAUACCUACUUGUUGGUCGUAUCUUAGGAUCUGAUAUUUGGAAUUUUCUUAUUUUAUAAUUUAGGUCAAUUCAAUCAUAUUAGAUUAUAAAAACUAGUGAGGUUUACUUUUUAGUUUUUUAUUAGGAACUUCAGGUUUUGCCUUAUUAUUUUUUAUUUUGAAUUACAACUAUGUAUAUCAGCUCUUAUAACGUAGACAGGAAAUUAAUUUAUGUUUUAUUAUUGGCAAAAGUCAAUUGAACUAUCAUCAA